UCAGUGUAUAUGCGAGCGAGCAAACACACACACUCACACAGGGCCACACAUACGUACACACAAGUCAUACACAGAAAGGGGGGUGCGAUUUUAAGCUCACAAAAACACACAGCUGUGUUAUUCAGAAUCGCCUCAUAAUUCCUCCAUGUUAGAUUGGCCAGGCCAAGUCACCCUGGGCAACAGGGGAAGCUUAUCAGCUCCUCACCCUAUUCCCCUACCAGCCUGGCCUAAUUCACAAUGCUCUUUGUACACACACACACACACAAAGGACAGCGAGUGUGUUAUGGAGCUUAUCACUGUCCCUAAGGGUCUGGCAGCAACUUCACAGGAUCAGAUCACAUGACUGAAGCCACAGACACCAACACAUGUGAUGGAUGAACCUUCUAGAUGGACUGUGUCAUGUCCCAAAUAUUCUUAAAAACCUCCUCUCGUCACCAUUGUCCAUGGAAACAAGGAGUCAUUUAACAAUAUUGGGAAAUAUACAGGACACAGAGAACAUGGGGAAGCGUUAGCGAUAACCCAACAUUCAAAACAACCACAAUACAAGAUGGCAGCCUGGCAGACGUACAAUGGAACAUUUCUCUCCGUGGUGACAGCUGUUCCAGCGCUGUUUGGCUCCCUCCCGCUCUCUCAGGAGGAAGUGGAGCCCACAGAAUGGGUUGUGCUUCCUGUGCGAUAACAGCCUCAGUCGCAUCUUGCUCUCUCAGCCGUCACAUGCACGCGCACGCGCGCGCACACACACACACACACACUAUGGAAGAAACAACACAAAGAGCAACAUAUCUACUGAACAGGCAAAACAGAAAAUACUGGCAUUCAAAAUGCAUCGGCAUGAAUAUAGCAUGCAUGAUGUCUGACCUGUGAGCAGCUCUCAGGCUGUCUCAUGGAAAGUCUCUCUCUCUCUAAGGGGUUUAAGGAUAGAGUGGGAGGAGCUCAGGUAAACAGAGGCGUGUGGCACAACAACUGUGGUCAUGGUGCAUGUUACCUGUACGUGGUUGUUUACCUACUGUGUGUGAGAAAGAGAGGUCAUGGUAGGCCAGAAACAGCAAAACAGGAUUUUCUGGUGCUAACAACAGUCAGUAACUGCCUGAAGAGUGGAGGACAGUCUCUCUCUGUUCCCUUUUCUCAGGUUGAGACCACAGGACCGUUGGUGGCCUCCACUUCUUCAUUGAAGGUAGAAACUUAGAAAGAGAGAAGGAAACAAGUAAUUGAUUCUCCCUGCAACUUCUCUGUCUCUGCUCCUGUUCAACAUCUCAUCUAUGGAACAUCUACUGAGGACUCCUGCAGGAUUUUACCUCAACAAUUUAACCAACUAGCCAAGCCAACACUCACUCUUCUGAGAGGUCAAGCCACUGUGCUGGAGUGAGGAACGAGUUACUAGCCAGCUAUUUAUCUGAAGUUACUUUCAUUUAGACAGUUUAGUCACUGUGCUGUUCAGGCAUGCAGUUAAGAGUGACUCAUCCUCAGGAGGACCUGUGAGAAACAGACAGGGGGAAGCUUUUGAUACGACUCGCUCUGCUCAGGAACUUCUGGAACACAGAACCUGUGAUUUGACACCUGUAACUUCGAUUUGGUGCUCUGGAACUUAGAACUUGUUGUGUGAAACUGUUGGACAUCUGAUGUGGAAUGCUGGGAUGAUGACAUCGUAGACCUGUUAUUGGAGUAUUCUGGGAUGUCUUCCAUGCUGCAGCAGACGGAACUCAUCUUUGAGUUUGCCAGCGACCACGUGAACAAUGGACUACAGCUGGAUGAGCACUUGGCCUAUCCUGCAGUGAUAGUGGAGCAGAUCCCACAAUCCCACCUGCUCUCCUACACAGGCCUGGCCUGUGAGCAGACACACACAGAAGACCACCUGCUAACAACAGUGGAGGACAGUGAGAGUGGAGAUGAGGAAACCAUGGAAACACUGGUGGCAGCUGAGACUCUCCUCAACAUGGACUCCCCUGACUCCCUCUCUCUGGACCAACAGCACUACACCCAGCUGUACGUCCCUGCCCUGGGUGAUGUCAUCACGUCACCCGUUACCCACCAGUUGACGGUGUCAGCGGAAGGCCUUGUGGGAGCUCUGGGCCAGCCCCAGUGGGUCACACUGCAGAGGGAGACUGUUGCUGAGCAACCAAAGAAGAAGAGAGCUAAGAAAUCCAAAAGGCCUGAAUCCCCCACACCGGACAUCACAUUCAAGAGGGGCAAAUACAGCAAAGGUAACACUAUGUUCUUGUGGCAGUUCCUGAUUGAGCUUCUCCAGGACAGACAGGCCUGCCCACGUUACAUCAAAUGGACCAAUCGGCAUGCAGGGAUCUUUAAGCUGGUCAACUCCAAGGCUGUGGCCAGACUCUGGGGCAAACACAAGAACAAACCAGACAUGAACUAUGAGACCAUGGGCCGAGCACUCCGGUACUACUACCAGCGUGGGAUUCUGAACAAGGUGGAGGGUCAGAGGCUGGUCUACCAGUUUGCCUCUCUGCCCAAAGACAUGGUCUUCAUCAGCGACGAUGAAGACCAGGAGGACCAAGACAAUCAUGAGGAAGAAGAGGACGAUGGCGAUGAUGGCGUCCCAGAUGACCCAGAGGACAGUCUGCCCUACAGCGACCAAUCCCUGGACGAUUUAGGGUCCUACGAGCAUUCUUUCCUUCCCCCUCCCCAGGCUACCAGAGGCUACCAUAGGCCCAGACAGACCAGCACAGGUCCAGCAGCAGCCCAGCGGCGCCGACCCGGCCCAAAACCCAAGACCCAACCCCCAGCCUCGUCCUUAGCCCAUCGCAGGACAGUCCUCCGGCCACCAGGGGGCAGUCUGAUCCAGCAGCAGCAUCUGCCUAUAGUCUCAGCUGAGAUGCUGCGGACCCUGCAGAACGUGCAGUCUUUGCAGCCUGGUCAGCAUGGGUCAGUCUUCAGAACUGCUCAGCUGUUGGGGAGUCUGUGUGAGAGACAGGCUGCUAGUGCAGAACAGACCACCAGUCAGAUAGUGACUCAACAGUUACAGCCCUUGACCUGCCCUGUCAAGCAGGAGGAGCUAGAGGUUAGGACUGAGGAGGACCCAGACUCAGGACUGAUUGUGGAGUAGGAUGCCCCGAGACAUCUGAUCAGUAUCAGCCACUGUCCUUGCCCCAUAGCCAAGAUGACUGCAGAAGACAAUGAUUUUCAAAGGGAGACUUUAGAGAAAGAUGUUGGACAGUUGUGAUGUAAAUUUGAUUUAUUUUACAGAUGUGACAGACUUGGAUGGUCUUUCUCUCACUCUUACAUUCCCUUAUGUACCAGAGCCAUUCUUACAGAGAGUUAACCAAACUGUCUUCCAUGUUGGCACCAAACACUCCAUGUCGAUAACAUUCCUAAUCGGCAUUCUAACAAGAAUGUAAUUGUCUUAGAACUCUUGAUACCAACAUGACAGACAUUCUAAUUGCUGACCAAAGACAUGCACUGGAUUCUACAGCCUCGCUGCAGAGCAUCCUGCACUGCUCUAUCUGUGUUCGCAAUUCAGCUCCACUGAAUGCAUGGGAGCUCGUGCACUGUUCCUGUUCUCUCAAUGUUCUUUUCUCAGCCAUGACCAGUGCUUUGCACUAUUAACAUGUACCAUUUCUUUGUCACCACUCUCUCACCUACCAAAGUGCCUCAAAUAAUAAUUUUCCAGCUUUCACCAAAGACAGUCUUAAUCUGUAGCACGCUAGCUACCACAUAUUGCUCCUUAACAUUCUUAUUUAUGUGUGUGUCACUUGUUGAUCUUCAACGUAAACACACUCUCAUACUGUCACCCACACCAGUAGAAGACCCACCAUCAGUGCUUGAGGUAAACGUGUCCUAGUCGAUGUGUUCAGGGAGUACAUUCCAUAGAGAUGGCACAUCGCACGGAUUGUGGUUCUAGUGUUUGUCGGCAGAUCAUUCAACGUGCUGUGUUGUAGGGACCACCCGCUGUAGACAUCUGACUGCUUACAUUUUCCACAGGAUUCUACAUGUAAAAUCGGAAAUUACGUUCAGAGAUGCUAAGUACUCUCGGCCAGCAAACACUACUGGUGUGUCUGAGCCCUUAACCUUACAGGCUUUUGGUUACAUUCAUACUUAAGUAGAGAAUACAAAUAAAUACAAAUCAAAAGGGAUUUUCUGUUUCAUUUUUGCAGCGGUACUGUUGGCUUUACUGCAUCUUAAUCUCAAUGUUGACGGGGUGGCUGAUGACUAUCAAUGAUGAUAACUGAAUGAUAAAACUUCUCUCACGCUUUUGCUUUUACGAGAGUAAACGUACUUCUGCCAGAGUUGGUAGUUGCCCAAUGACCCUGAUCUAAGGUUUUCCCUGGUCAUAAUUUGGGGACGGUAAGCUGAUUCUAGAUCUGCCACUAUGGGCAUCUCCUACCUGGAGCCCUUCUGCCAGCAAUCUUGUUAGCAUUCCUGAUAUGCUGUAAUAGUUAUACAUGUGCUUUCCUGGACCAUAUAUGCCUUGAUAUAUAUGUGUUUGUGAACAUGUGACUUAAUACUUUUUCUGUCAGUUGUUUCUCAGGUGCAUCUGUGUUUAUUUGCUGCACAAACACAGUAUAUACCAUCCCAAUUCCCAAAUGUACUCAUCUAUGCAAAGAAGUAUGGUGAUGUUGCUCCUCAGGCCUAGACUCUGAUCUAUGGUUAGUUUUGCUGAUCCUACAAGGAUGGCUUAAAUAUAUCCUAAUAAAAAGCACAUUUUCCCAUGC